AUGAUGACAUUACGAGGGUUGAGUGUAUCAUGGCCUAAGUUUACAACUGAAUAUAAAGAAACGGUAACUAGAAUACAAUCACGAUACGGGAUGAUGAAAGUUGGUUGUAAAUUUGAUCUCAAACAAGUUCAAGAUUUCGUUGACAGAAGAGAAAAAUGUGAACGUGUUUAUGAUAAGAUGGUUGGAUAUGGUAAACUAGAAAAGAGUGAUCUCCCCGAGUUUUUUCGCCAAUCUGGUUUAUAUCCCACCGAAGGGGAGAUAACAAAAGCCUUUAAUACAAUUUAUAGAGGAUCACUAAACACUGCUGAAGUUGUAUUUGUUCUGGAUUGUUCUGCUAGUCUUGGACCAGUUAAUUUCCAGAACCAACUGAAUUUCGUCAAGGAUAUCAUCCUGGGUUUCGACAUUGCCCCAGAUCGAGUUCGGAUCGGAUUGGUACCAUUCAAUGAAAACGUAUUCCACAGUUUUGGAUUAACCCAGUUCCAAACCAGAGAAGGAGUUCUAGAAGCAAUUGAAAAUUUAAAAUAUAAAACUGGGUUAACACGAACAGAUUUAGCUUUAAAAAUGAUGAGGCAGAUAUUCAAGUCGUCCCGACCUGGUGUACAGAAAGUAGCUCUAGUUAUAACAGACGGCAAAUCUUCAGAUGCUGGUCUAACUAUUAGAGAAGCCAGACUAGCCAGAGAGGAAAACAUUGAAAUAUUCACCAUCGUUGGAUAUACUGUUGAUGCAGAUGAACUAGAAGCUGUAGCUGGUGAUAAAGACCAUGUGAGGACUUGUAUAGAUUAUUCUACUAUAGGUCAACUUAAAGAUCUCGUUAAAAACAGGAUCUGUCUAGCAUGUUGUGCUCUAUGUCAUCACAUCCUGCCAAGGAUACAGUCUGAAGGAUUGUAUAAAUCCGAGGUCCUCGAUAUCUUUUGGACAAUAUCUCCACCUUUGGCUACAGGACUAGGGCGAAGUGACCAUGUUGAUGGGAAAGCAAGAAACGAUAACCCUGGUUUAACUGACGUCUGCAGACCCUUAACGCGAGACGAGGUUAUUGAGAUUUUAUGGACAGUGUAUCCGCCAGAUGGCACGGGGUUAGAGAAAAGAAAAUCAACCUGGAUUCGUCCAAUUGUUGAUGGAGUUGAGGCCUGGUCACUUCUUGAUGAUAAGAUUAUAAAGAGAACAGACUACAAGAAGUGUCUACGUUUCGUUAUCCAGUCCAAGUUAGAGAGGGAUGGUUAUAUGGAGAUACCAACGGAUUUACGACUUGGUGUGGAGCGUGUCUCGAAUCUCGAAGAGGCUUUGCAGAAAGUUGAUGCUUACUUGAAAAUGAAGGAGAGGCAAAAGUUAGAAGAUGAGCUACGACAGAAAGCUGGUCAACCAAGAUCAGGUGGUGAUCAGUUAGACUCGUCUGAACAGCCGCCAAUAAGAGUCCAAAUCCUGAAGAUUGAACAUCACGAUAAUGGAGAACCAACAGAGGUCACUGCUGCCGAUCUGAUCCAGUACAAGCACAAAGAAGGUGAGAAAAAUGUAGAGAUCAUUACUUUCGAUGAUGAGGAAGCACGUAGCAGUAGGGGAGAUGGUGGACUUAGUACAGAUGGAGGUGUCCUUAAGUUGAAGGUUCCAGCCCAAGGAACUGGAUCUAGUAAACAGGUGCUGGAAUCAAAAUAA